AUGGACGAGAGUGAGUCUAAUAAGAAAACAUCUAAAGAGAACAGAUACAAUACUAAACUAACUCCAAGAAGCAGAAAUGGAAAUGUAUACAAGGACAAAGGAAUGCACCAAUUGCCAAGAGGGAACACCAUCUACUGCCCUGCUAAUGCAACAGUCCUAGUUGGUUCAGAGGCUCGGUUUAACUGUACUGUGUUCAAAGGAUGGCGAAUAAUAAUUUGGACUUUAAACACAAAUCCUGUUUUAUCAGCAAGUAAUGUUGGCGGAGCUAUUAUAACAAUAGAUCGCUUCACUCAACAAAAUUAUACCAGUGGUGAUGAAUUUACUUCAGAGCUGAUCAUCCACAAUGUCCAACAGAAUGAUUCUGGAAAAAUAGAAUGCAGCAUCCAAACGACUGAUCCCAACAGCUAUGCUUUUCUUUCUGUGCAAGUUAAUGGAUCUUUGUUCAUUAAAAAUCACAACUUGACAGUAAGAAAGAAUGAAACAGUUGACAUUGUUUGUGAAGCCUUAGGAUGGGCUCCAGCUCCAAACAUGACCUGGAUGAUAAAUAAUUCUUCUGUAGAUAAGUCCAGGUAUGUUACUAACCACAGUCAAGGAUCUAAUGAUCUUCACAAUGAAGUGAGCACUUUAACUUUGACUCCAAUGGCCAAUGAGACGCUGACUUGUUUAGCUGACAUAGAGGCACUUCCUGAGCCCCAGAAUGCAACUGUGACUCUUAUUGUGCAAGACUUCCUUGCAGGUAAGUGAACAUUCUUUAUACUC